AUGGAAGUCAGCGAGCCUCCGGAUGAGGAGGUCUACCGCCGAAUACUCACGAUCAACUUUUCUUCAAAUCUCGAGGGUGUUCCCCUUUUUCGAAACAAUCUGAGUAUUAUCGAUGAAUCAAGAAAUAUCACUCUAAUCGCCCUUAAGGGCGUUAUAAUGAUCAGCAUCAUUGUCACCGCAUUGUUAGGCAAUGCUUUGGUAAUCGCCAGCGUCAGAAGACAUCGGAAGUUACGGGUGCCCACCAAUCGCUAUGUAGUUUCCUUGGCGAUGGCGGAUCUUCUAGUGGCGAUGUGCGCCAUGACAUUUAAUGCUUCCGUCGAGCUUUCCGGUGGUAAAUGGCUCCUAGGAAGUAUCAUGUGCGACGUGUGGAACUCGAUGGACGUUUAUUUCAGUACCGCCAGCAUCCUCCACCUUUGUUGUAUCAGCGUCGAUAGGUAUUAUGCGAUAGUCAGACCGCUGGAAUACCCAGCCAUUAUGAGGACUGUAACAGUUACUGCCAUGUUGAGUAGUGCUUGGACUCUGCCGGCCCUGAUUAGCUUUAUACCUAUCUUCAUGGGCUGGUACACUACGCAGCAACACCUGGAUUUCCGUCGAAAGAAUCCGCAGAUUUGCAUGUUUGUGGUGAACCUCCCAUAUGCGGUGAUCAGUUCCUGUGUGUCUUUCUGGAUCCCGGGUGUCGUGAUGAUCAUCAUGUACUGCAAGAUUUACAAGGAGGCGGUCAGACAAAGAGCAGCUCUCAGUAGGGCAUCCAGCAGCACGGUGUUGAACAACGUUCAUGUACGUCGCUCCUCUAGUGGUUCCAGACAUCAUUCUAGAACGUCGCACCAGCUGCUGCUUCAUCCGAGCGAUGCCAGUGAUUAUGGAAGACCGCCCUCUUACAGAGCUUCAGCGGCGGAGCUCAACAUCGAGAAUGGUACUUCGAUACGACAGCAAACAAAAAGUUGGCGAGCCGAACACAAAGCUGCGAGAACACUUGGUAUAAUUAUGGGGGCGUUUCUCCUUUGUUGGCUGCCGUUCUUCCUCUGGUAUCUAACAACGUCAUUAUGCGGCGAAGCCUGUUAUUGCCCGGACACGGUGGUAUCGGUGCUUUUCUGGAUAGGUUACUUCAACAGCGCCCUAAAUCCACUCAUCUAUGCGUAUUUCAACCGCGACUUCCGUGACGCCUUCAAGGAUACCCUAAAGAGCGCCUUGCCCUGCUGCGCCAACUGCUGGAAGACACCCUCACAAUUUGUGUAGUUUGACAUAACUUCAAAAAAAAUCUGCCUCCGAAAGGCGUGU